AACAACAACGGCUUAACGAAGGGAAACACAUCUACAGCAGCAGACAGCGAGGACAGGCAGAACGGGUCCUAUGGACUCCAGCUGUGUCCGUCCUGUUCACAUGUUUGUGUUCCGUCUAUCAGGACUCAUCUACUCCCUGAGGGGGUCCGGGCACCCAGCGCGCGAACACGUAGCUAUUAUCGCUAACGCCGGCUUCCUAUUGGCUGGGAAGUUAUCUAGUGUCAGUAAAUAGCCAGGCCCGCGCUAGCAUAAUGCUAACCUUAGCACUGGAUUGAAGGAAUCAGACAAAUUAAAGUUUGGACACAAUCAAAGGACAUUCCCUAGAUUCCUCUAGCGCGCACCCACCGAUCAACGGGUUCAUUAGGCAACGUGUACAGCUGUGGUUUCCCCUGACGUCACACUGAGGCGUUUUUAAAAGUGGAUAAAGCGCUGGUUCGUGUGCUGUACGUAGACCGGAUGGAGGAGUGUGCUCAGUGCGGCUCCUGUCGGUGUACGGGCCUGAUCUCAGAUCCGCCUGCUCAGCCCGGAAGGCGGCUACGCGCCGCCAGGUAACACAGCCAUGCUGUCCGCCAGGUGGUUCCCCUCACUUGAACCCCCCCCUGGGUCCUAAAGCCUUCCAACGGAGGGAUGCAGGAGGCGGAGCUUAGCCACUACGUCACCCAGCUGAAGGUGGAGUUCGACGGCUGUGAUUCGACGGCCACCGGCUUCCUGGACCGAGAGCAGCUGACGGAGCUCUGCAGGAAGCUGCAGCUGGAGGCUCAGAGACCAGUGCUGCUGGACACGCUACUGGGAGGACGCCACUACGCCCAGGUGAACUUUGAGGAGUUUAAAACCGGCUUGGUAGCCGUUCUGUCUCGCUCUCUGGACUCCAGCACAUCAGAGGACGACAGCAGCUACCUGGAGCCAGUUGUUCGAGAGGAAGUGAAGCCAAAGUUCGUGAAGGGAGGGAAGCGUUACGGCCGUCGCUCGCAGCCCGACGCCGCGCCGACCGGCGUCACCGAUAGCCCGCCUUCCAGAAGCAAGGCCGCGGCCUCGUCGCCGGGCGGCGUCCGCAGGGCCAAGGUGAGGCGCUCCACGUCGCUGGAGAGCAUUGAGAGCCUGAAGACCGAAGAGGAGACAGGAAGUCGGAAGGAGAGACUCCAGUCAGACUUUCAGAGUAAAGGUCCUCAGCAGGAGUUGGAUCUGGGGGUUGUUGGGAGAGAUGGAGCAGGAGGUCUCCAGCAGCUCUACACAGAAGUUCUCUGUGAAGUGAGAAGCUCGUCAGUAACCGCGUCAGCGUUCAAACAGGAUGUGGACGCGCUGCUCGGGAACGCCGAACUGGACGGCAGAGACUUCCAGAAGGUUCUGCGUUGCUCCGCCCCUGUGUCCUGCUCCACCCCUGUGCGGUCAGCUGACCUGCAGAGGCCGCAACCGUGGCAUCAGGCCGCCCUAGAGGAGCGCUCGGUUCGCUCCACCUCGCCCUCCCUGCUGGCGGCCACUGUGGGUCAGAGGGUCCUGGGCCGCCUGGACGAAGGCUCGGGAUGCACCAGCCCAGAGCGGGUCGUCGCCCUCUGGACCGAGGAGGGCAUCCGGAACGGUCGGGACAUCCUGCAGACGCUGGACUUCCCACUGGAGGAGCGGCUCAGUCUAGCGGACCUGACUCUGGCUUUGGACAACGAGCUGCUGGUCAGUGGUAACGGCAUCCACCAGGCGGCCCUCAUCUCCUACAAGAACGAGGUGCAGCACCUGCAGGUGCAGGUGGAGCAGGCCUGCAGAGAGCGGGACAAGAUGAAGACCGACCUGGAUCUGUCCCAUCAGAGGAACCUUCAGCUGGUCAGAGAGGUGGACGAACACCACAGCAGCCUGGAGACCCUCAACCAGAGCCGGAUCAGGGACCUGGAGCAGGACUUCCGGGACAGGCUGGCGGCGGUGCGCGGCCAGGCGGAGCAGGAGAGCGAGGCUCUGGUCCAGCAAGCGGAGAGCGAGCGCCGCUCCCUGCGUGGCGAGCUACGGCUGCUUCGAGCCCAGGAGGCGGAGCUACGGGAGGAGCUCUGCGGCGCCAAACAGGAGAGCAGUCGGCUGGAGGAGGACCUGAGUGCAGCGAAGCUGAAGCUGACUGAAGCACAAAGCUCCGUGAGCCGUCUGCAGAGAGACGUGGACCAGCUGCUGCUGGACAAGCUUGGAGUUCUGGACCCGACUGGUCUGAGUCACGAGGAGCGAUUCUCCCAAAUGGUCAGAGACUACGAAGUGCAGUGCCGGAGACUGAAGGAGCUGCAGGACAGAAAUGAUGAGCUGAGCUCGGAACUGGAGCUGCUGAAGAGUCAGAGGAGCGACAGGAAGUCCAGACGUUCUGCUGGAGACGACGGAGCGCUGAGCUGGGCCGAACAACGACGCAGCAACGAAACCAACUGUGAUGACGUCCAGGUGAAGACCAGCUUGUCUCCUCUGCUGCCGAAGAAACCGCAGCCGACAGAUAAAACGGCUCUGUGCUCCCUGCACAGCGUCUCUGGGCCCAGCGUCAGCAUCCAGACGGAGCUGGCUGUGGAGCAGCUGAAGACCAAACAGCAGCAGGAGCUGCAGGAGCUGCACGUCCAGCUGGAGACACGGGUGAACUACUAUGAGCGCAGCCUGGAGGUGAUGAGGCAGAGCAUGGAGGUGGAGCGUAAAGACAUUGCUCAGGCCUUCAAGAUGGAGAUCAGCGAGCUGGAGGAGCAGAAGUCUCAGGCGGAGCAGGAGGUGAAGCAGCUGAAGGAGGCUCUGGGCCGACUGCACCCGCAGGCCGGAGGAGGAGGGUGGAUUCAUGGGCAGGAGCGUCGAAUGCAACGGGAGCGGGCGGAGCUGGAGCAGAACUUUGCCAGAGAAAUCGGCAACCUGGUCCAGAGGCUGAGCUCUGAGAAGGACGAGAUGGAGGCGGAGCUGAAGCUGGAGAAGGACCAGGAAGUGAUGCUGGUCAGCGGCGAAUCAGCGCUGCGGCUGCCCUCUCGCAUGAAGCUGCAGCGCCACGAGCGCCGCCGGCUCCCAGAGCAGAGAGGUGCUGAGGAGCAGCUCAGCCAAUCGGAGGCCAGCGUGGAGGAGCUCAGAGGGCGGCUGGAGGAGGAGCUUAAAGCCUGUAGCAGGCGCUGUUCUGAGCUGGAAUCCAGGCUGGAAGAGAGCAUCUCCUUCCUGGAGGCCCUUGAGCUUACGAGUCAGCGUCUGGGCUCAGAGAAGAGCUCUGUGCAAGGGGAGCUGCAGCAGGUGAGGAGCAGGGAGGAGCAGCUUCUGCGUCAGGUGACCCAGAUGAAGGAGGAGCUGGGAAACCUUCAGACGGCGUCCAAUGGAGUCCUGCAGAAGCGGCUCCAAGCCAGAGAGCAGAGGGUGGAUGUCCUGAAGAUGGAGCUGGAGAGUCUGCAGGAGGACUCCAGGUUCCAGGCUCAAGGUCUGUCAAAAGCCAUUGCUGGACUAGACUUGCUAAAGAUGGACCGGGCCAGGCUGAUCCAGGACCUGAAGGACCAGGCCAUGGCUGUGGACACCCUGCAGCUGGAGCUGGACGGCGUCUUCGAGGAGUUGGAUAGGAGGAGAAGCGCCAAGGAGGCUCUCCAGGAGGCCCUGAAGCAGGAGCAGACCCUGACCUCGCUGCUCCAGUCUGCUCUGGAUGGGGACAAGGAGGAGGUCCAUGGUGUUGGCCAGGAGAACGGGACCUAUGCCCAGCUGGUGGACCAGCUCUCCAACCAGAUCGUAGAGAUGGAGGAGGAGAUCUCCACUCUCAGAGACCAUCUCAGAGAGCUCAGCGCUCAGCUAAAUGACACUGCAGACCUGGUCCUGGACCUCCGGAGGCAGCUCAACUCCAAAACCAGCGAGUUGGAUCUGCUCCGGGCCGAGGUCGCAGAGCUCUCACGCCGAGACGAGGACCAGCACCGGAAAGACCUGGAUGUGAGCAGACGCCAGGUCCUUCAGCUGCAGAAGAACCUGCUGGAGUCCCAGAACCAGCUGAGGACUGCGGAGCAGGACUUUGAGCAGGAGAAGAGGACCAUGAUGCAGAAGCUGAUGGAGCUGGAGAAGCUGGUCCUGGACCUGGAGGAGGUGAUGGACCUGGCCAGUCCACACAGGUCCCAGCUGGAGGAGGUGCGGGCGGAGAACGGCGCCUUGGGGCAGCGGCUCGGCGCCCUGCAGCAGGAGGUCAGCGAGCUGGAGGACGACGUCGCCAAGAGGACGAGGAAACUGGACGAGAUGGAGAGGGAACACGAGCGGAGCCGAGAAGCAGAGAAGACGCUGCACAAAGAGAACUCCAGGUACCGAGAGGAGCUGCUGGACCUGAGCGCCAGGAACCUGCGGCUCAGCGCUGACAACGGCGAGCUGAGCGCCCGUCUCCGCGGCGACCAGGAGUCGCUCCAGAUGCUGCGGGAGCGCCUGCUGACUGUCUCCAAGGAACAGGAGGAGGGGGUUUCCACGGAGAGACCGCCGAGUGUCCCCCAAGACCAGCUGACCCGUCUGUCGGCGCUGGAGGCGGAGCUUAGCGCUGAGACCCUGAAGCUGCAGCGGUUGGAGGAGGACAAAGACAAACUGCUGAGAGAAGCGGACGAGCGGAACAACAAGGUGGAGGCUCUGCAGCGGGCGCUGUUCUCCGUGGAGGCGGAGGGGGAGGAGCUUCGCUCUCAGCUGCGCGCCGUCUGUCAGGAGAAGCUAGGCCACGCCCAGGAAGUGAGCCAGCGGCAGAGGAAGGUGGAGGAGCUGGAGAGCAGCGUCAGGAAGCUGAUGAGGGUGGAGGAGGAGCUCCGUCAGGGUCUGCAGGAGCAGCAGGAGGAGAUCCACAAACUGAGAGUCCAGAACCAGGAGCUCCAGCACGAGCUGGCAGCUCUGCAGGUCCAGAACCAGGAGCAGCAGAUCCUGAAGACCGAGCUGAUGGAGGCUCAAGACCAGGUGCAGCGGGCCGAUGCCGCGCUGCAGCUGGACCGGUUGCAGCACCUGAGGAGGCUGCAGGAGGUGCAGAGGCAGGCCGGAGAUGGACACAGGGAGCAGGAGGAGCGGCUGCAGGCCCGCCUGCAGGAGGAGCAGGGGAGGAGUCGGCAGCUGGAGGAGACGCUGCGGCUUCGGGCCCAGCACAGCAGCUCCCACAUCAGCAUGAAGCAGGACCAAUAUGAAAAGGCGGUGCUGGUCCUGCGGCAGAGGACUGAGGAGCUGGAGACCACUCUGAAGGCAGUCCGGCUGGUCCUGCAGGAGAAGGUCCAGCAGCUCAAAGAGCAGCUGGCGAAGAACAGGAAGUCUGGUGCGCUGCUGAAGGAUCUGCACGGCGAGAACGCUCAGCUGAUGAAGGCCCUGCAGGUCACGGAGCAGCGGCAGAAACACGCAGAGAAGAAGAACUUCCUGCUGGAGGACCGAGUCCGCGCUCUGAACAGCCUGCUGAGGGAAGUUGUCACGGCCGUCUGAGUGGAGCUUCUCCUCGAGGGUCAGUGAGGCCAUGAAGUCACUGUCCUCCAAUAUGACAUCACAGGAUCAGUUUACUGUAUUUAUAAUGGCUCAAUAAACUGCAGGGUGAUGUCUGACCUGAAUAUUUUAAGUUUAAUUAUAAAGGAAUAAUCUGUCACACACUCAUAGGAAUGUUUGAUUAUUGAAGCCUUUAAGUUAAAUACAAUGUUUACAACAAAUAAAAAAAGGUCGAUAGAUCGA